AUGAGACGCAGAAAUGAAAAUGGAUCAGUUAACUCGGGUUCUUUGAAUAACCAAUUGGAUGAAGAUUUAAGGAAUUCAAGAGCUUAUGAAUCUUAUUAUAAAAACCUGAAUACUUCAACUUCUCCAUCCAGAUCUUCCACUACAAAUAAUAGAAUGUCUUCAAGUUCGAUAUUCAGUAUGAGGAAAAAUAAAGAAAAGGAAAAGGAUAAAACUAGCCCGCCUCAAGUAGAUGCUUCGAGUGAUAAUUCUUCGGUUGAUUCUUCAAGUAUUUUAUCCUCAAACACUCUUCAUCAUUCAAAUUCAAAUGUUUCAUCUACUCCUAAUAGAAGACAUAAUAGUUAUGGUUCUAACCUAACAAAAUCUUUAACCAAUAAAUCAACAACUUCUUCCCUAACCAAUUCAAAUAUUAUUCCAAGUCCUCAAAUACAAAAUUCAAAUCAUUCUCGUCAUGCCUCAACUUAUAGCUUUCAAAGUUCGUCCCUGAACAAUCCUUAUGAUGUAAAAACUGCUAGAAGUCACCCUCAUCCUCAUACUUCAAUAUCUUCCUCUUCGUCCCGUAAACAUUCUCAAACUCCUUUGAUUUCAAAUCCUUCGUUAAUCAUUUCAAAUCCUUCUUUGAAUGAUUCAAAUAAUCAAACAAUGUCAGGUGCCCAUUUAGAAAAACCAAGUCUGAAUUGGGAAAUCGACCGUAUGUUCAGAGAAUUAAUGGAUAAAAGAGAUUUUAAAGCUUUACCAGGCCCUGCUAAGCAAGAAAUGAUGAAUUAUGAUUAUGGUAAAAAAUGGAUGAUGAUUGAACAAGAUUUUGCUAGUGAGUUUAGACGUCAACAACGUGAAGCUCAUACUUCUCCCGGUUAUUUCACCAAAAAAUUGGUUUCUAAAAAUAUUACCGCUUCAGAUUUAAAUGAAUUGGGAGUUUCAAUCAGAACAGAAAGAAUUGAUUGGUUACGUAGUUUUAUCCAUGAUUAUCAAGGUAUUGCUGCUUUAUCUGCUUACUUAACUAAAGUUCAAGAUCGCAUCAAUAAAUCAGAAAUUAAUGAUAUUAAUGAUGAUAUCUUCGAUAAAGAAUUCAAUACCUUGAAAGUUUUAAGAUCAAUCAUGAAUCAAAGAGUCGGUAUGGAUAGUAUGGAUACUGUUUCUGAUUUACAGUUAAAUGCUACUGCUAGAUCUCUCUUAUCUCCUCGUAUCAUAACCAGAAAAAUCGCGGCUGAAACUUUAACUUUUAUGGUUGCUUAUUUCAUAGAUAAUGACGUUGGUAUUUAUCAUCGUACUUUAAGAGCUUUGGAUUCCUUACCUCAAAGAGCUCAUUUCGAAUUUGAUACUCAUCAUACUUCGACUGCUACUUCAACUUCUUCAAGAAAAUUGGUGAGGAAACCUCCAACACCUGAUACUUAUAAAAGAUUUGAAUUAUGGUUGAAAUUAGUUGAAAAAACUCUCGAUGGUAAAGGAAAAUAUGUAAAUUCUUUAGUUGGUGCAAGUGAAGAACUAAAAUCAGCUCAUGUUGGUAGUGGACAAGGUCCAACUGAAAAUCAUUUGGUUGAAUAUUGUUUUGGUACAAUGAUGCUUAUAAAUACUAUAAUUGAUAAGGGAGUUGAUUUUAGAGUAAGAAUUCAAUUAAGAAGUCAAUUCACAGCUGCCGGCUUACACAGACUAUUGACUAAAUUUCAUGAAUUAGGUUACGAAGCUUUAAAUUCAGAAAUUGAAAAAUUUGAAGCACAAGCUGAAAAUGAUGCUUCAGAAUUGAAAAGUACUGAAAAAAUUGAUUCCGAUUUGAAUUUUAAUGAUCCUGUUAAUUUGGUUCAACAUUUGUGGGAAUCAGUUCGUGACAGUAAUGCUCAGGGCUAUUUCUUAAGUGCUAUUCAAAAUUUAUAUUUAACUCAAUCGGAAAAACGAGAUGAUUCCGAAGAGAUGACAAGAAGUGUUAGAUUACUCAAUGAAUUAAUACAAAAUAUUUCUUUGGUCCAUACUACUAAUGACGAGUCUGCAAUUGGUAUUGCUAUGAACCGUUUAAUGAGUAGUUUAACCACGGAUGAUUCAUAUCAUAAGAGUUUAGAUGAAGUUAAAAAGUUUAAGAAAAUCGCUGAUGAGGCUGUUGCAGAACGUGAUGAAAUGUCAAGACAAUUAUCUUUAGGUUCAGAUGGAUUGAUUACAAGUCUUAAUAAUGAUAUUCGUGAACAAGAGACAGUUCUUCUAAGAACAAGAAGGAUGAAUGAAGAACUUCAGUUAGAAUUAGCUGACUUGAAACGUAAACACCUUAUCGAAAAGCAAGAGCAAGAAGUCGAAAUGAGAGAAUUAUUAAUUAUGUUGAAUAAUAAUGCCCAAUUUGAACAAAAACGUAAAGAUGGUAAAACAACUGUUCUGAUUCAAACUACAAAUGAAAAAUUAAUUAAUAGGUUACAAAAACAUAUUCAUAGAAGAAAAGCUGAAGCUAGAUUGGAUAAUAGACAGUUAGGUACUCAAGUCGAACCAAGUUCAAGAUUGAGACAAUUGAGAGAUCAAAUGGCUGAUAUUGAAACAAUGGCAAGAGAAUUAGAAAUGACAGAUUUCGAAACCUAUGUCGAUCCUUCUAUGAAAUCUUCACCCCCUGACGUUGGUAAUGAACCUGGUGCUUCAGAACCGGAAGCAGUUGAAACUGCCUCUGACUUUUCUGAAGAUGAUAAGCUUCUUGCGGAACCAGAAGAAGAUGAAAUUCCUAUGGAACCUGUUCCUAAGGGUCCUCCAAGACCUUGUCGUGGUGAUGAUUUGGAUAAAUUAGAUACCUUAAGAAAGAAAUUAUCCAGCUUACAAACCGAAUCUAACGAUAUCAUGAAAUUCAACAACAGUGCAAUGUUUAAUAAACAGAAAUUUUUAGCUAUGGAAAGAUUAAGAGAAUUAGAAAAUAACUUUAAAGACUUUAAUAUUGUUUUCGACUUCAAAGAUGAUCCUUCCAAGGUUGAGGUGUUGAUGCCAACUAUGUCUAAUGAAGAGAAUGUUGACCCAGCAAUCAAAUCUAAGAUUCAAGAAGAAUUGGAGGAAGUGGAAAGAUUGAAAGCUGAAUUAAAACGCCAAUUAUCUUCUAUUGAUAAAUCUAAACCAAAGAGACAAUCGAAGAAUGUUAUAGAGAAAAUCGAAGCUAAAUACAUUCAAGGUAAGGUGGAUCAUGGUGCUGCUGAUAGCCAGACUCCAAGAACUUAUAAAACCAAUCGAAAGACCACUAUUGGUGGUAUGGAUCCAAAGUUUUUGAAGGAGUUAAAUUCCAAGGUCAAUCAAACAAGCCCUAUUCCAUCUGCUGCAGAUGAAAGUCAAGACAGUGACAAUUCUAAGUUUGAAGAUUCUGUUGAAGAACAGGCGGUACCUGCAUCGCCUAAGAAAGAACCCGAACAAAGUGGUCUGGCUCCUCCUGCACCACCACCUCCCCCUCCAUUGCCAUCACUUUUGGGAGGUCCUCAGGGAGCACCCGCUCCUCCACCACCACCACCUCCUCCUCCUCCUCCUCCAUUGCCUCCAUUAUUGAAGGGUGGUGGUGCUCCUCCUCCUCCUCCAUUACCUCCAUCUUUAGGCGGUGCACCACCCCCACCGCCACCAGCACCACCUCUCCCUAUCCCAGCAGCCAAACGCUCCAUGUCUCCAAUCGAAAUUGCUCGCUCUCCAAGCCCAUUCGACAAUUACCCAAGACCAAAAAGAAAGUUGAAACAAUUACAUUGGGAGAAAUUCGAUGGUGCUGGCGGCAAUUCAUUUUGGUCGCAAUCUGAAACCCGUUCCAUUGCUUCUGACUUAAUGACUAAAGGUGUUUUCGAUGAAAUUGAAUUAAUUUUUGCUGCCAAAGAGAUCAAGAAAUUGGCUACUAAGAGAAAAGAAGAUAUUGACAAAUUGAGCUUUUUACCUCGUGAUAUUGCUCAACAAUUCGGUAUUAACUUACAUUACUAUAACCAUUUGACUGAUGAACAAGUAAUUUCAAAAGUGUUAAGAUGUGACAACGAUGUCAUUAAUAAUUCGGCUGUUUUAGAAUUCUUUGGUAAAGAGGAUAUAGUUGAAAUUCCAAAUACAUUGGCUAGAAAUUUGGAGCCAUAUUCAACUGACUAUAAAGGAGUUGUUACUAAGCCAGACAAAGAUCCGAAUGAAUUGCAAAGACCAGAUAGAAUAUAUUUGGAGUUGGUUUAUAACUUACAGCAUUAUUGGAAAUCAAGAAUUAGAGCUUUGACUAUGGUCGCAAACUAUGUGAAAGACUAUGAUGAUUUGGUAUCUAAGCUUAAAGCUAUCGAUGAGACUGUUGAUGCUAUAAGUAACUCCCAAAAUUUGAGAAAAGUUUUCGAAAUCAUCUUGGCUGUUGGUAACUAUAUGAAUGAUACCACUAAACAAGCACAAGGAUUUAAAUUAAGUUCUUUGCAAAGAUUAAGUUUUAUGAAAGAUGAUAAAAACAGUAUGACAUUCUUACAUUAUGUUGAAAAGAUUGUAAGAAUUCAAUAUCCUGAUUUAUUAAAAUUUAUGGACGAAUUAGCCAAAUGCGUUCAAAUUUCCAAAUUUUCCAUCGAAACAAUAUCAAGUGACUGCAGAGAUUAUGCUAAGUCCAUUAAGAAUGUUCAAUCUUCUUAUGAUAUUGGUAACUUGAGUGAUUCGACCUCUUUCCAUCCUAAUGAUAAAAUCGGUAAUGUUCUUAAACCGGCCUUGCCAAAGGCAAAUAGAAAAGCUGAACUUUUGCUCGAUCAAGCUAAUUUAACCUUUGCUGAGUUUGACAAAUUGAUGAGAUAUUUUGGUGAAGACCCAACGGACUCUUUUGUUAGGAAUUCAUUUAUAAGUAAGUUUGCUAAUUUCAUCAGCGAUUUCAAGAGGGCUCAAUCCGAGAACAUUAAACGAGAAGAAGAGUUGAGGGUAUAUGAACAACGUAAGAAGUUAUUAGAGGCCCCAAGAAAACCCAAGAAAGUUGAUAAUAAUGAUGAUGAAGACGACGAUAAUGUCAUGGAUUCAUUAUUAGAGAAGUUAAAGGCAGCAGGUCCCGCUAAAGGUGAAGCUACAUCAGCAAGAAAGAGAGCAUUGAUGAAAAAGCAAUUAUUGGAAAACCAACGAAAAGCUACAGCAAGUUCUAGUGCUGAGCAAGAUGCUACCUCAACUGUUGAGCCAGAGGUUGAAGAGGAACCAUCUCCUGUUGAAGAAACGUUUGCUGCUCCUCCCGCAGGCGAAAGUGCGAAUACUGAUACUACUUUGGUUCAUGAGACGGAUUCAACUGAACAAGAUGCAGAUGUUGGAUCUAGAGCAAGAUCUUUAUUACAAGAAUUAAGGAAAACCAAUAACGGAAGCUCGGAGAGAGUCAGUGCGGCUGCCCAGUUCAGACAACAAAGGCUUAAACAUAAACAGUCUAAUUUAACUGCUAAUAGUGAUGUUGAUAUUUCAAUGUCUUCAAAUAAUAAGAGCUCCCCUGAGAGUGAUAUCAGUGCUGUUGGUGGUGGUGCCAAUGAUGACGUGCUAUCCGAACACUGAUUUUUAACGACCAUAUGUAAAUGAAUAUAUAUAGACUAAUCUUACAUUAUUAUUUAUAAUAUUUACUCUUUAUGCAAGGAGUUUUAU